UUUAGGUCGCCACCGCCAGGCGGCGCUGUAAUAAAAGGCAUUAAGCUACAUAAAAACCACUUGCGCAUGCGCUGUAUGAUUUACGGGGAUAGCGUGUGUUAUUCUGCCAUUGAUUUCGUGCUUUCGUUUUCAGCAUGGCGGCUGGGGAUAUUGAGGAGUUUAUCCAGCAGAACCGGCAGCUGGCGGAGCGGAUAGACGCAUAUAGGUCACUUUCGGAGACUGAAAAACAUUGGAAGUGUAGGAGAGAGUUUAUCUUGCGAAACCUCAGCGAUUACCAGGAUCCCCAGCUAGACUCCCUGCUGGCUUUGUCCAUGGUUUGGGCAAACAACGUCUUCCUCGGUUGCCGGUAUAGUCAAGAACUGCUGGAUAAAGUCAAGGAUAUGGCUGACGGCAUUGUUGUAGAAGAUGCUCCUGUAUUUAAAACUAGAGACGAAAUCAUAAAGCAGCAACAGCGCCGAUGACCAGGACAGAGGAAACCGCCCCCGAUUUGGACAUGAAGACCUUUUGAUAUCGAAACCUUUUAAAUGCCUUUGUUUCUAUUUUAACGAUACUGGCCGUAAGACGUAAUAAUCACGUGGCUACAGUAUUUUUUUAAUAUCUGUUAGGUCCGCUAAAUAUUUUAAUAAACACAUUUGAAGUGUUCAA